AUGAAAAGAAUAUUUCAUUAUUUAAAAAGAUGUUAUACAAAUGAAACAAAAAACACUGGCCCUAUUAUUUUAAUUUCAAAUAAUCAAAAUAUCCAUUUUAAUUUAUCUUUGGAAAACUUUCUAUUAAAUAAUUACAGUGAUCUAUUAAAAUAUUUAAAUGUAAAUACAAUUGAAAAAUUUAAUGAGCCUGUUUUAUUUUUAUGGAGAAAUAACAAAUCCAUUAUAAUAGGUAAAAAUCAAAAUAUAUGGAGUGAAUGUGAUUUAAAAAAUAUAAAAAAUGAUGAUGUGUUAGUAGCUCGAAGAUUUACUGGUGGUGGGGCAGUUUAUCAUGAUUUAGGAAACUUGUGUUUUACUUUUUUAAAUAGUAACAUAAAUACUUCAAAUAAUUUCACUAUUAUUUUAAAUACUUUAAAAAAUCAUUUUAAUAUUAAUGCAAAAACUCAAGGAAGAAAUGAUAUAACUGUAAAUGAUCAAAAAUGUUCAGGUUCUGCUUUUAAAAAAAUUAGGGAUGUUUUUUUACAUCAUGGAACAAUUUUAGUUAAUUUAGAAAAAAAUGUUUUAAAUAAAUACUUAACACCUGAUAAAAUAAAAUAUAUUAAACAUGGUGUAUCUAGUAUUAAUGCUAGAACAAUAAAUUUAAAAGAGGUAAAUUCUAAUAUUACUUGUGAAAAUUUAUGUAUAGCAUUAAUGAAGGAAUUCAUAAAAUUCUAUAAGAAAGAUAAUACUAAAGAGAAUUAUACAAUGAAUGAAAUUAAUAAUGAGGAUAAUAAAAUAGUAAAUAAGAAUAAUAAUGAACAACAAGAUAUAUUGGUUAAUCAAAAUAACUUACAUUAUUUAAUUAAUAAUAAUGAUAUUGUUGCAAAUAACUUAAAUAUUCAUUAUAUAGAUAAAAAUACUAAUAUUACAAAAAAUCCUCAAUUUCUUAAAUUUUUUAAUUUACUAAAAGAUUGGGAUUGGUGUUAUGGUAAAACACCAAAAUUUCAAAACAGAAUAUGUAAGCAAUUCAGUUUCGGAAAAAUAGAAAUAUUUUUUGAUGUGUCUAAUGGUUUAAUAAAAGAUGGAAAUAUUUUUUCUGAUUGUUUAGAUAUCAAUUUGAUAGAUCAAUUAAAAUCAAUUUUUAAUAAUGACAUUAAGUAUUCGAAAGAAGACAUAAAAACGUUCUUACAAAAUUUAAAUGUAGAAAAUAAAAAUUCAUUAGAAGAAAUUACAACAUGGAUAUUAAAGGAAUUGUAA